GGCACAUGCUGCCCCGGUCAGAAUUCGCAGCCUCCUUCUGGCGAGUGUACGGCGCACUUCAGGCAGCGACCAACGACCAACCGCCCUUCGCCUGUCCCCCCUCCUCCACCUCCUCCUCUUCCGCGGGCCCCGCUUCCAUGUCUUCCUCCUCUUCGGCCUCCUCGCCCCCAACCGGCUCCUCUGCACUCAGCAGCUCAGCAGCAGCAGGAGGGCGGGUGGUCGUGGGCAUGCCCAGCUUCUUCACCUUCAUGACGCUUCUGGCCCUGGAUGCAUUCCUCGCCCGGCCGCCCGAGCUGCGGCCGCAUGUGGUGGUGCUGGAGGUGGGAAUCGGGGGCCGCUUGGACGCAACCAACGGAGUGGUGACCCACGGGUCACUUGCGGCUGCCGGCAUUACCUCUCUGGGCAUGGAUCACGUGGAGCUCCUGGGCGACACACUGCCGAAGAUCGCGCGUGAGAAGGCGGGCAUCAUGAAAGCCGGCCGACCGGUGCUGGUGUCGCCGCAGCAGCCUGACGCCAUGCAGGCGCUGCAGGAGGUGUCCGCUAGAGUGGGAGCGCCCCUAGCCGUACCGCCACCCCUGCAGCAUUACCGACUGUCGUUGAGCAGCUGCCGCUGCGCCGCUGUCGACGUUGCCCACGCCGGUGGUCGAGGUAACAACGGCAGUGGCGGUGGCGGCGGCGGUGAUGCCACGCACGCAGAGGGUGACAGCAUGUUGGUGUUGGGGUUGGGUGGUGAGCA